AUGGCAUCGAAUGCAGCACAUAUGUGCUGUUUUAAGUCGUCCAAGGUGACCUUUGAGGAAGUGGCUGUGUAUUUCACAGAGGAGGAAUGGACCCUGUUGGAUCAGAAGCAAAGAUCUUUCUACGAGGAGGUCAUGAUGGAAAACUACGGGAAUGUCUCCUCCUUGGAUGCUCUCAAACCGGUUCCCACAGAACCGUACACACACAUAGAAGAUCCAAAGACCAGCAGCCACUCUGAACAUCUCAAUUCACAGCAAGCAACACACUCGGGGAAGAAAGCACAUCAACGCAAGAAAUGUGGGAGGACGUUUACUCGUGGCUACACUUUACAAAUGCAUCAAAGGACCCGCACUAGAGAGAAGCCCUAUCAAUGUGCAGAAUGUGGAAAGUACUUCAGCGAUAGCGGGUAUCUACGUGUCCAUCAAAGAGUCCACACAGGGGAGAAACCAUAUAAAUGCAUGGACUGUGGUAAAACAUUCUCUCGUGAAUACAGUUUAAAGUCCCACACAGGAACCCACACAGGGGAAAAGCCAUAUAAAUGCCUGGAAUGUGGGGUAAGCUUCAGUCGGAGUGAACAUCUGCUGCUACACCAUAGAACCCACACAGGGGAGAAGCCAUAUAAAUGCCUGGAGUGUGGGAAAUGCUUUGCUCAGAGUUCCUCUCUACGUUCCCAUCAAAGAACCCACACAGGGGAGAAACCAUAUAAAUGCACAGAAUGUGGAAAGAGCUUCGCCCAGAAUUCAUCCCUGCAUUCCCAUCAUAGGACCCACAUGGGGGAGAAGUCCUAUGAAUGCACCGAAUGUGGGAAAACCUUCCUUCAACAUGCGGGUUUACGUUCGCAUCGAAUGACACACUCAGGAGAGAAACCCUUCCCGUGCAUGGAAUGUGGAAAGAGUUUCUCUCGUCGUUACAGUUUACAUUUGCAUCAGAGAAUCCACACAGGGGAGAAGCCCUAUAACUGCAUGGAGUGUGGGAAAAGCUUCAGGAAAAGGGCAAAUCUGCAGUUACAUGAAAAAACCCAUACAGAGGAGAGAGCAUAUAAAUGCAUGGAAUGCGGGAAGAGCUUCAAGCAGGCCGCUGGUCUGUCUUCACAUCAAAGAAGGCAUACCGGAGAGAAACCUUAUAAAUGCCUGGAAUGUGGGAAAUGCUUCGCUCACAGUAUCUCUCUACAUACCCAUCACAGAACCCACACAGGGGAGAAACCCUAUAAAUGCAUGGAAUGUGGAAAGAGUUUCCGUCAGAGAGGACAUCUGCGUUUACACCAAAGAACCCACGGACAGGACAAACCUUUCCUGGAAUCAAGGCACCCCACUCCCGCAGCAUCCCUCUCUUCAACAGAGAGAUGAAGAUUAUUUUGGAGAAGUGGGGGAGAUUACAAGCAGCUGUAGAAUAAGGACUGGUAGUGUCACAAGAAAUUCAAUGUGCAGAUUUGACAAAUAUGAAUUUAAUAUGAUGUGUGGGAAUAAAUGGAUGGAUGUGUGGUUGGAGUUAAUAAUUUUGGAAACACCAGUAUAUUAUUAAGGAUUGCAAUGACUACCUGCUUGCUGGAACUGUGAUCAAGACCUGCUAAUGAGAACUGAUAAGAACUGUGACAAUG